GGAGGAAUUUUUGUGGGGUUAUAAAUUCUCGUUUAUCUUUGGAAUUGAAGAAUCUGGUGAAGGAGCGAAAAACAACCAAACGGCUAUAAUUGACGUUACACAACACGAAGCAGAGGCAAGGAAGGGAAUUUUAGAUUUUUUCUUUUCUUCAACUCUUUCUUAAACUUAACUCUUUACUGGGUUUAUUUUCGCUAGAUUUUCUCUCCUUCAAAUAUUUGGCCUUUUUCUUUGGGGAUUUCUUUUCUUUUUAUUUGAAUUCUGAAAAGAAAUAGUUUUUUAUUUUCAACAUCAGCAUUCUUCUGCGGUUGUUUAAUCAUGUCUGGCGGCUACUCUAAUUCAAAGAAGACUGAUGAUAUCUAUGAAAAAGUUUGUGGACAGCAGGCAUCCUUUGCAGCAUUGACGAUGUCUAGAUUGCGGUGUAUGUUGCGGGGGAUCGAUAUCCGGAUUUGCAUCGUCCUUCUCAUCGCAAUCCCGGUGUUCAUGUUCGGCAUAUAUUUGCACGGUCAGAAGAUCACUUAUUUCCUCAGACCGCUAUGGGAAUCACCUCCUAAGCCAUUCCAUGAAAUCCCCCACUAUUAUAAUGAGAAUGUGACAAUGGAGAGACUCUGCCAUCUUCAUGGAUGGAAAGUCCGUGAGUCCCCUAGACGUGUCUUCGAUGCGGUAUUGUUCAACAACGAGAUUGACAUCCUCGCACUUCGUUGGAAUGAAUUGUCUCCAUAUGUAACGCAGUUUGUACUUCUCGAGUCUAACUCCACGUUCACUAGCUUACUGAAACCAUUGCUUUUCGCUGGCAACAGACAUCAAUUUAAGUUUGUCGAGCCUCGUUUGACAUAUGGGAUGAUUGGUGGGAGGUUCAAGAAGGGUGAAAAUCCUUUCGUCGAAGAAGCGUAUCAGAGAGUUGCAUUGGAUCAGCUUCUUAGAAUAGCCGGGAUAGAAGAGGAUGAUUUAUUGACAAUGUCUGAUGUCGAUGAGAUCCCUAGUGGGCAUACGAUUAAUUUAUUGAGAUGGUGUGAUGAUAUACCGCCUGUCAUUCAUCUUCAGUUGAGAAACUAUUUGUACUCUUUCGAGUAUCAUGUUGACAACAAGAGCUGGAGAGCUUCGGUCCACAGGUACAAGCCGGGCAAGACCAGAUAUGCUCAUUAUCGUCAAUCCGAUAUAAUCUUGUCCGAUUCAGGGUGGCAUUGUAGCUUUUGUUUUCGGUACGUCAGUGAGUUCAUAUUCAAGAUGAAAGCUUACAGCCAUACCGACCGAGUGAGGUUCCCUCACUACUUGAACCCCAAGAGGAUUCAGGAUGUAAUAUGCAAAGGGGCUGACCUAUUCGACAUGCUUCCCGAAGAAUACACAUUCAAGGAGAUCAUCGGGAAGAUGGGACCGAUCCCCCACUCGUAUUCAGCCGUCCAUCUUCCUGCUUAUCUGUUGAACAAUGCAGAGAAAUAUAAAUACCUUUUGCCCGGAAACUGCAGAAGAGAGAGUGGCUGAAUCAAGAAAACAACCUGCUCGAAAGUCUUAAAUUACGAGUCCUUCCGCGAACUGGAAAGGGCCUCCAUUGGCCGUUUAAUGGCUAUAGCUUAACAUUGCUAAAAUUAAUACCUUUAUCCAACAAAAUCUAGUCAUUAUACAAAUUCGGAGGCAUAUCUGAUAAGUUGUUGUGGGAGAAGACAGGUUUACUGGUUUACAACGCUUACUUAUUAUAUCUCUCAGCGGUCGAAUGACAUCUUCGCCGGAUUUUUCUCAUUGGUGGGAAAUUUGUUUUUCUUCAAGUAAUUGAUCCAUAACUCGUUGAUUUGUACCAUUUGACUGCUGUUUGCUUAUUCUAUUGGUCAUAUUGCUGAGCUAUUCAUAUAUUGCUUUAUUAUUUCAUAAAUUAUUAUAAGUGAUCAUAUUCUCA